AUGAAUAUGAUGCGUCGUCUCAAGAGCAUUGCUUCGGGGAGGACUUCGAUUUCUUCAGAUCCUGGAGGGGAUUCUAAUUCGAAAAGAGCUAAGUUUGAUCAAGAAACCGAGAAGGUUUUUUCAGGGAGGGGAACAAAUACUUUAAGUAGAAGUGUUCGGGAGCAGCGUGUGGAAGCAUCAAAAGAAGCUACAGUUGGGAGUUCUAAUGUAGCUGCAGUAACGAAGACUGAGAAAUCCGGUUUUGAUGAACUUCCGAAAGAAUUACAUGAGAUGAAAAUUAGAGACGAGAAAAGUACUAACAACAACGAGAAGGAAAUAGAAGCAACUACAGUGAGUGGCAAUGGAACAGAAACAGGUCAAAUUAUUACCACAACUAUUAGUGGCCGAGAUGGACAACCAAAACAGACAAUCUCAUACAUGGCUGAGCGCGUGGUCGGAACUGGCUCUUUCGGUGUUGUUUUUCAGGCUAAGUGCCUUGAAACCGGUGGAGCGGUUGCCAUAAAAAAAGUGUUGCAAGACAAGAGAUAUAAGAACAGGGAACUCCAAGUUAUGCGUAUGGUUGACCAUCCUAAUGUUGUGAAGUUGAAGCACUGUUUCUAUUCAACAACCGAAAAAGAUGAGCUAUACCUUAACCUCGUUUUGGAGUAUGUACCUGAAACUGUUUACAAAGUUUCAAAGAACUAUAGCCGGACGCACCAACAUAUGCCUAUUAUUUACGUUCAGCUGUAUACAUACCAGAUUUUACGGGGAUUAAAUUAUUUACAUGAAGUGAUUGGCGUUUGUCAUCGAGACAUCAAACCACAGAACCUAUUGGUCAAUCAACAGACACAUCAGUUGAAGAUAUGUGAUUUUGGGAGUGCAAAGAUGUUGGUGCCUGGUGAACCCAACAUUUCGUACAUAUGCUCAAGAUAUUAUAGAGCUCCGGAGCUUAUAUUUGGAGCAACUGAAUAUACAACUGCUAUUGAUAUGUGGUCUGCUGGUUGUGUCUUGGCUGAGCUCCUUCUAGGACAGGCAUUGUUUCCGGGAGAGAGUGGAGUUGAUCAGCUGGUGGAGAUCAUUAAGGUCUUGGGAACACCAACCAGAGAAGAAAUAAGGUGCAUGAAUCCAAACUACAAUGAAUUUAAGUUCCCGCAGAUUAAAGCGCACCCGUGGCACAAGCUUUUUCACAAGAGAAUGCCAUCUGAAGCAGUGGAUCUAGUUUCAAGGUUGCUUCAGUAUUCUCCACAUCUGCGUUGCACCGCAUUGGCGGCAUGCGCACACCCGUUCUUCGAUGAUCUGCGAGACCCAAAAGCAAGCCUGCCAAAUGGACAACCUCUACCUCCUUUGUUCAACUUCACACCUCAAGAACUGGUAAAUGUGCCCGACGAUUUGCGUCAACGUCUCAUUCCUGAGCAUGCAAGGAGUUAA